AGCGUGAAAAUACUUUGUACACUGCAAAGGGUGCUAGUUUCAGGAUUAGACAUCUUGGAUUGGAGUGGGAACUGGAACUCUUCCCUCCUUCUUUCACUGAUAAAUAACCAGCAGUCAACCCCUGCUGGAAAGUUUUCCUGUACUCCAGUCUCCUGGCACAGCUGGCAGCUUCACGAUGGUUUAUUAAACAUCUCUUACAAGCUAUUCAACAUUGCCUUUGUCCACACCAUAGCAUACACCACGUCAAACCUGCAAACAGGAAAGUCCCUUAAAGCCACCAGGUGCAGUGCAGAGAGCAGGAAAGGCCAAGGUCUUUGGUGUUAGCACAGAAUGUGUUAAGGAAAAGUGACUAGGGAGUAAAUAAUUGUUUAGGCACAGAAAGACAUGAUCUACUGAAACACUUGCUCAUGUGGUUCUCUCUUUAGGCUGCACCUUUUGUUUCUGCAGUUCCUGAGGGUUGAUCUGUCCUGUCUGCUGACUCUGACUGGCAGCAGCUUUAGCUCUUGCCCCUGUUCUUUGCCUCUGGUUUUGUUGGUGAGGAUAUCACAGUGAUGUCUGCAUUCAACCUGCUGCAUUUGGUGACAAAGAGCCAGCCAGUGGCCCUGCGAGCCUGUGGGCUUCCCUCAGGGUCAUGUAGGGAUAAAAAGGACUGUAAGGUGGUCUUUUCCCAGGAGGAGCUGAGGAAGCGGCUGACACCCCUGCAGUACCAUGUCACUCAGGAGAAGGGGACUGAAAGUGCCUUUGAGGGGGAGUACACACACCACAAAGCUCAAGGAAUAUACAAAUGUGUUGUUUGUGGAACUCCUUUAUUCAGGUCAGAAACAAAGUUUGACUCCAAUUCAGGUUGGCCUUCCUUUUAUGAUGUGAUCAGUCCUGAUGCAAUUGCUUUCAACGAUGAUUUCUCCUAUGGGAUGCAUCGGAUUGAGAUAUCCUGCAGUCAGUGUGGUGCUCACCUGGGGCACAUUUUUGAUGAUGGACCUCGCCCAACUGGCAAACGGUACUGCACAAACUCUGCUUCAUUAUCUUUCAAGCCAGCAGACAAGAACAGCGCUGGAGAAGGCAGCGUUAAUGCCAGUCCUGCCCAAACAGGCAAAGCUGAGCUGUAGGAUGAAGCAAAGCCUGGAGAAAACUGCGUUGAUCCCACACAGCUUACAAGGAAUGUUUUCUAGUUUUCAAGUUGCCUGCUCUCUUAUAUCCUAAGAAUGUUCAAAUGUAUGAAAGCAUUUUGCACCAUCCUUCUUCCUCACCUUUUCAGAACUGAGGCCUUUCCUACCAGUGCAUUUACGGUAUAAUUGGAUUGAAAAAUGUAUUGACUGAGUCCACAGGUUUUCUUUUUUCUUCUUUUCUUUGAGAUUGCUUUGGGGAAUCUUUAAAUUGAGAGGUUUUUACAUCAUUAGUUGUUAGUUUAUGCUUUAUACUGUGUUAUUCUAGGUUUACACACUAUUCGUUUUUGCCUGGGAAAUAGGACUUGUGUUUAUCUCCAGUCUAUAGGAAACUUCUGGGCAUAAGAAAAUUCUGAAUUCCUAGCACAUCUCUGCUUUGUUCUGACUUGUGAGGCAUGCAGCCUUUGGUCACAUGUAUCCAACCAUCUCCCAGCAUCAGCCGCACCUUGCAAAAACUUGUAGUUAUGGCUGUUCCUUCCCAACUGAAAGAGGUGGAUGAGAUGUUAAAACCAUCCUUUGGCUAAUUUACUGCCAAAAUUUCAAGGGUGUGGUUGAGAGGAUGUAAACAUUGUCUCAGCAUCUGUGUUUCCCCUUUGUUUGGUAUUUAAAUCAAGGUUUUAACUAGUAAGGCUCACUUUUGCAGGCUACUAAUGAAGCUUUGUCUGUUUGUGAGGCCUAUUCAACAAGUGUAACGCAAAUCUGAAUUAAAGUUGAAAUCUGCAGGGAGUAAUUAUAUGGGCAAGUGCAGAGAUAAACUUGCAAAGUGAAGUAGAUGAAGGAUGACACUAGGCUCUUUAUCUUGUCGGUUGCUACAAGGAUUCAGAAACAUGACAGUUUCUGCUAGAGAGAAGUUUAGGAAUUCAUGCAGCGAAAGAAUGAGACCCUCCUGACAUAUCCAGUUUUAAAGAUUAGGUGGUCUGAAUGCAUACUGCAUACAAGAUCCAGUCUUUAAUUUGUGCAAUAGCAAUGUAGUGACAUGAGUGACACUGUUGGUGUAAGAAUUAAUUUGAAAAAAGCCUGUCACAGUUCCAGAAAUUUUCAUGUAGCAAAAUUCACUGUCCCAUGAGAUGUUUUUCACAGCUGCUUUUCGAUUUUUUUGAAUAACACUUAGAAUUGUGCAUAAUACUGUUCUUUAAGCUAAACUACACGGUAUUUGCUACCACUUUGCCUUUAAACACUGAGAGACUUAAUGAAUAUGGUAUUUACUUCUACUAGCAAACUUUGUGACUAACGUGUUUGGAUCCAAUUUUUUUUUUUGUAGGAACAAAGCAACCACUGAUUUUUAUGGAAGCAGGAUUGAGGUUUUUAUGUCAGUGAUAAUAAACAUAUUAUCUAAAGUUCAAAAACCCUUCAGUUAAAAUAUAGCUACUGUGAAAGCAUAUGGAAUGGUCAUAAUUUCCUUGUUUUUAGCAACAUUAGAAAGACAUGAAAAAACAUUAAAAAGGCAGCAUCUAUAAAAACGUGGUAUAUAAAUGUGGUUUAAUUCCAGAUUGCUGUUCGAUUUAAGUAUUAUUAAAUUUCAGUAUAUUCUUGCCUUAUGUUAAAGAAAUAUAUUAGUUAAGCUUCAGAACACAGUAAUGUAUGCUGUCCUACAGAAGAUUUAUUUUUGCAGGAUAUGGAAUGCAAUGAAAUGAAUCAAUAUGGUGAGGUGUAUGUGAUCUCUGGGAGUUAGAUCAUUUAAUAUAGGAAAUGCAUUGUUCUUGUGCACAGGCUAUACUGCAGCCCAGUGCAAGGUAAGACAGAUUUCCUUUUAUUGCUCUUAGAAGAUGCUAGUAAAGGCUAGUAUUGAAUCCUCCAAAUUUGGUUCAGUCUGGUGAUGAUCAUGACAGAGGAAAUGUUGGAGCUGAGCACAAUGUAUGGAAUAAUAGAAUAUUUCUGUAUGUUUAAAUUUUGCACUGUCUAGAUGCUUAUAAAAACUGAAUGCAAACUGUGUAGAAAUAGAAAACUAUAUUUUCUAAUAUCUCUAUUUUACUCAGAUGUUUAAAUAAGAUACCUUAAAAAUCAUGUAAGUCACACGUUAUUUAUAUAUACUAUAUAUAUAUAAAAUUGCACAUUUUUUAUAUAUAUAUAUGUACACACACAUAUAUUAUUUGAGUAUAAUUUUAGCCUUCUGUACCUUUAUAAUAACUAAAACCUUUCCAUAAGAGGGUUCAAUACUUUUAAUAAAUCAAAUAUACAUUUUUCAAAUCAAAUUUGUUUUCAUAUAUUUGCUGUACACAAAUAUAAAAUAAAUUUCUUUAUAAAUAA